GAGACGCAAUCUGUGUCAACUGCGGGGCGACGUAGAGCGAAUAAAGGCCGUGGUCUAUUUCUGACUGAAGCCUAUUUUUAACGCGUGAGGCUGCCUCCAGCCCUCUUUGUCUCCACGGCGGGUUGAUGCUUUGUCUUUUAUUUCGCUUGUUUGUUGCUCGUUUAUUUCCGGCCGGCGUUGCGUCGUCGCCCUGUUUUUGCGCCGUAAUGACAGGCGCUCUAAGGAUGACGCCUUUCUCUAUGAUCGCUCGAUGCAAAAGGUGCUUAAGGGAGGUCUUUGUUUUCUUAAUGUUCAUUUGAUUUUUAUUUGGAUUAACCCAAACUCAGAAUGAGAAAGAUUCCCCCCUUCUGAAGUCGUCAUUAUUAAUGGACAAUAAUUAAUCCCCAGGGGAGGAUGCUAAUUGGUUAAGGGGUUUAAAGCCACGCACCGACUCGUAGAAUUUUUUUUGAUGUCCCAUUUUCGCUUGUAGCGCGCGCGCGCGCGGCUCGUUGUGCAGUUUCUGUGGUUUUCGGGCCGAUUUUAAAGAGGUGGAUGAGGUAGGGUUCUGGCUGCAGAUAAAGAUGGUGUUCCGGAGUGAGGAGAUGUGCUUGGCGCAAUUGUUUCUGCAGUCCGGCUCUGAAUAUGACUGCAUCAGUGAGCUGGGGGAGCUGGGGCUGGUCGAGUUCAGAGAUCUCAACCCAAGUGUCAGCUCAUUCCAGCGGCGCUUUGUCAGCGAAAUCAAGCGAUGUGAGGAGAUGGAGAGGAUUCUGGGCUAUCUUCUGAGGGAAAUUCAAAAAGCUAACAUUGCAGUUCCAGAAGAGGAUGAGAGUCCACUCGCUCCUCCACCGAGACAAGUUCUUGAGAUCAUGGAGCAGCUCCAGAGGCUGGAGAUGGAGCUCAGCGAGGUGGCUCGAAACAAAGAGAAGCUGCAGAGGAACCUUCUGGAGCUCACAGAGUACACACACAUGUUGAAGAUCACACGGACCUUCGUACACAGCCGCUCCAGACAUGAGGCUCUUGGUCCCCAGUAUGAAGAAUUCCCCACCAUGGAGACAGACUCGGGGACCGGAUGCACAGGCAUGCAGAGACUCGGAGCAAAGUUGGGGUUUGUUUCAGGUCUCAUCCAGCGGGUUAAGGUGGAGGCGUUUGAGCGCAUGCUGUGGAGAGUGUGUAAAGGUUACACCAUCCUCAGCUACGCAGAGCUGGAUGAGAAUCUUGCUGAUCUCGACACUGGUGAGAUUAGCAAAAGUGUUGUGUUUCUCAUAUCUUUCUGGGGAGACCAGAUUGGACAGAAAGUACAAAAAAUCUGUGAUUGUUACCACUGCCAUCUUUAUCCGCACCCUGAGAACGAUGAGGAGCGGGCAGAUGUGUUGGACAGCUUAAGGACACGCAUCCAAGACCUUAACAAUGUGCUGCACCGCACUGAGGACUACCUGAGGCAGGUCCUGCAGAAAGCCUCAGAGUCGGCGUUCACCUGGGUUGUGCAGGUGAAAAAGAUGAAGGCCAUCUACCACAUCCUGAACCUCUGCAGCUUUGACGUCACCAACAAGUGUCUGAUCGCCGAGGUGUGGUGUCCGGUCAGUGACCUGGCAAACCUACGGGGGGCGCUGGAAGAGGGCUCGAGAAAAGGUGAUGCCACUGUACCCUGCUUUGUGAACCGAAUCCCAAGUACUGACACUCCUCCUACCCUGUUAAGAACCAACAAGUUCACGUCGGGCUUUCAGAGCAUCGUGGAGGCGUACGGGGUGGGGGACUAUCGCGAGGUAAGCCCAGCUCCCUACACCAUCAUCACGUUCCCCUUUCUGUUCGCCGUGAUGUUCGGUGACCUCGGGCACGGGACCGUGAUGAGUCUCUUCGCCUUGUGGAUGGUGUUGACGGAAAAAAAUCAGAAGAAGAAACGUUCCAGUAACGAGAUAUGGGCAACGUUCUUCAACGGACGUUACAUCAUCCUGAUGAUGGGCCUUUUCUCUAUCUACACUGGGCUGAUUUACAACGACUGCUUCUCCAAGUCUCUUAAUAUAUUCGGCUCUGCCUGGAGCGUCAAGGCUAUGUUCGCAAAUCAGCAGUGGACAAACAAGACGCUCCAAUCAAACGCUCUGCUCACAUUAGACCCUAAUGUCAGUGGUGUCUUCAGUGGACCAUACCCAUUUGGCAUUGAUCCUAUAUGGAACCUGGCAGUGAACCGGCUCUCCUUCCUCAACUCUUACAAGAUGAAGAUGUCGGUUGUGAUCGGGGUCAUCCACAUGAGCUUUGGAGUGGUGCUGAGUGUCUUCAAUCACUUGCACUUCCGGCAGAAAUGUAAUGUAUAUCUGCUUUUUGUUCCUGAGCUGCUCUUCCUGCUCUGUCUCUUCGGCUACCUGGUCCUCAUGAUUUUAUACAAGUGGUUGGCAUUUGGUGCACGAGACUCCAGCCAGGCUCCCAGCAUCCUCAUUCACUUCAUUAACAUGUUUGUCAUGCAAGGGAAUGAUAUCCCUCCUCUGUACCCUGGACAGACUGGGCUGCAGAUUUUCUUGGUGUUGAUAGCUAUGCUGUCAGUUCCUGUGCUGCUGUUAGGAAAACCUCUUUACCUGUAUUGGCUGUACCGUGGAGGCAAAGGCCUGCGCAGACGUAGAGGUUAUGAGCGGGUGAGGCGGGUAAGUGAGGAUGACAAUUCAGCACCAGCAUCCUAUGAAGAAGAUGAAGAGGAGGGUCUUGAUGAAGUGCCAAGCAGAGAAGCUCUUCCUAAACAGUUUGACUUUGCAGAUGUGCUCCUGCACCAGGCCAUUCACACCAUAGAGUACUGCCUGGGCUGCAUUUCCAACACAGCAUCAUACCUGCGUCUCUGGGCGCUCAGCUUGGCCCAUGCUCAGCUGUCAGAGGUGUUGUGGUCCAUGGUGAUGCGUUUGGGUCUAAGGAUCACCACGAGGGUGGGCGUUGUGUUUCUGGUCCCUGUGUUCGGCCUCUUUGCCGUGCUCACUGUAUCCAUCCUUCUAGUCAUGGAGGGCCUGUCAGCUUUCCUCCAUGCUCUCCGACUUCACUGGGUGGAGUUUCAGAACAAAUUCUACCACGGGACCGGUGUCAAGUUUGUGCCCUUCGACUUCUCUCUCCUGCCCUCUAUUUUUGAACAGGACGGCUUGCUUUAAAACAAGGACUCUGAGGCUGUGCAUAUGAAUGAAAGCAGACUUUAUAAAUAGGAGGGGUGCUGUAAGUUGGAUGAAUUCACACUGUGAUAACGACAACAAACCUUUGGAUUGAAACUCACUCUUGUAGCAACAUUUUUUCACCGUGACGAUUUUUAAAAUGUUAUCGGCUGUGCUGACUGCCUUACUAGUGUACCCAGCAAACCUCUGAAUAUACAACGGUUAAAAAGUCUUGUUCUGUUAACGAUUUCAUUCUUAAAGGUGAGAUACCACUCAGCACUACUUUUAAACGGUUGGGUGAAUUUAAAUAUUUUAAUUUGCGUUGUGCUGUGUAAACCAAUUUUGGAUUACUUAGAACAUUUAAAUGAGAAAUUAUACAGCGCAAUGUAAAGUUAAAAUAUGUCACAGCAAAAUGGAUUGAGGACAGUAAAUCAAGCACCCUGGUGUAGUGCCAUAGAGAUUUAUUUCUGAUGAUGAUAUGGGGGAUGCCUUUAGGGUUUUUAACUGCCCCUCCAUGUGACUAAUGCAAAACCUGUAGGUGUCAAAAUCUGAUGAGAGAAAUAUAUCCCCUUUAUGUUUGACGUAUUGUCACAAAGCACUUUGCAGAAAUGAUUGUACAAUUUAAAGUUUUCACUACUGACUGUGAUGAUGCCAAAUGACAGUAAUCUUCAACUGUUAGCUGUUUGCUUAUUUACUUAUUAGUGCAUUUAUUUAAACGUAACCUCCCCUGUACACAAUAGUAAAACAUCAAGAAGUCGAGAAGCCUUAGGUCUUUCUUUGAUGAUACCGCUUGUUGCGUUCGUUAAUGAUAAUUUAUCAUGGUAUUUAUUUAAAUAUUGUCUGUACAAGAGUCUAAUAUUUUACCAUUUUGGUGUGUUGAAUAAAGGUUUCAAGAAACGCAAACAAAA